UCUGUGAAAGCUCGAAAGCAGCUGUGCCGCCAAAGCCACCUGACCCCUGUGAUGCCGCCUGCCCUGCCACUGCCUGCCACCGCCUCUUACGUAAUCACUGCAUGACUCCAGCUUUCCUGGGACCUGGUUAUGCAAAAAAGUUAAAAAAAAAAAAAAAAAAAAAAACCAAAACAAAAACAACAAAAAACCAAGAUCCUCACUGACCCACUGACAUGUUUCUCAAGGCAGAGCUGUCACAUGCAAGUGAGUGCUGAGCCAGCUUUUGGAAGAAGAGCUCGUCACCCUCUCACUCUGCUUGGGCACUCUGGGGCCAGGAGCCGAUGUCAGACAACCCUGGCUGCUGCAUCCAACCCACAAGAACCGGGGUGGUAUUGGCAACCAUGGACAACUUCAUGACACCACUGAGCACCAUCAGUGACCUUGCGCUUCAGCACAGCAAGGAAAAGCUCCUCCACAGCAAGGUGAGAGGGCCCUCCCGGCGCAAGCGGGAGUUCAUGCCAGAUGAGAAGAAGGACAACAUGUACUGGGAGAAGAGGCGCAAGAACAAUGAGGCGGCUAAGCGCUCACGGGAGAAGAGGCGUCUCAAUGACUUUGCCAUGGAAAGCCAGCUGGCUGCUCUCAGCGAGGAGAAUGCCAUCCUCAGGACAGAGCUGCUGUCCCUGAAGCUGCGCUUUGGGCUCAUCAGCCCAGACACCAGCACCUACCAGGGCCGCUCCCUCCAGGACUUCCUGGGAAUUUAUUUCAGAGGGCACAAAAUAGCCUCCCCAUUCCCCGAGGUGGAGCCCUUUGCUGGAGAUUCCUGCCUCUUCACAACAAAGAGCUUUGUGCCAAAGGUGCUGGAGCCAGCUGACUUUUCAUGCAAAACCUUUGACUCAUCCAGCAACAUCCUUGGCUGUGAUGCAAAGCCGGUUCCUAUGAACACACCUGACCUUCACCAGCCAAAGAGACUUGAUUCAGCCUUCAGAUCCACAAUUUGCUCUCCUUUCCUCGAUUACAACUGCCCCAACAAAUAUUCUUUCCAUUUGCCUUUCUCAGGCAGUGCCUGCUUCUUGUCCCCUUCUCCCAGUCCAGCAGAGGUGAACAAGGAGAGCACCACAGCUGUCUCAGAUGAAGAUGAUGAGCAGCAAGUGCCCAAAACUUCCCUACCCCCAUAUAGUUUGCCCUGCCCUUCAGAAGAUCAUCCUAAGGGCCGAAGCUAUUCUGCUCUGCCUCACAAACUCCGGAUUAAGACCAAAGCCCUCAGUGGCUCAGAGGAGAGUGGCCUGGACUCCCGCUAAGGGAGAAGAGGAAGAGCCUCCUUGGGAGCCUCCUUGGGGGCCGAUGGUGAGACCUUCCAAUGACAUGAAAGGUUUGGAAGGAGGGGGUGGGAGGGAAAUGGCUUAUAUUUCAAAGAAGGCAAUAAUUUUAUCUGUUUUGCAUAUAUGAUAAGGGAGUUUAUAAAGCUGGGCUGCAUUACUAAAGAACAACUGCAGCUGGUCAUUAGGUCGACAUUCCUGUACGGAACCUGCUAGACCCCACAGUUGCUGGGUAAGUCUCAGCUUCACCUGGCUGCUCUGCUCAGAAACUGAACUAAAAUUUGAGGUGUGAAGGGAUCAGAGGCAGGAAGAUGCUAAGACAGUGGAGGUGGUGCCCACACCAUGUAAUGCAAUAGUGUUUCCACAACAUGACUACAGCUUCUUGGAGUAAUUCCCUUUUAAACUGACCAUUAAAAUUCCAUUUUCAUUCCCUUUGCUUUGUCAUCACCUUCAUCAUCACUAAUGAGGCAAAAGUUUUAAUUGUUUGUGCUGAAACUGUUGAUGGAAACAGUUUCAGACCCUCCAGUCUAGAGCAAGAAAAAGGAAUAGUGAUAAAAAGAGAGAGGUCUGAGUGCAGAACCUAGUCCAUUUUAUUCUUGCUUCAUCGUAAUUUAUCUUCAGAGGCAAUGAACUCUUUUUUUCUCUUUGACUAGAGACAGUGUGGUCCAGAAGAUAAAGUUAGUUUCAUUUGUCUUUGCAACAGGUAUCUUGGAGGACUAAAUUUUUUUUUUUUUUUUUUUUUUUUAAUGAAAUGCAAAAUAUAUCUUAGUUUUACUUCUUUCUUUGUAAAAAAGGCAUUUUCAAAAAUGAUACUUCUGUAUUUGGAAUUUGCCUUUAUAAAACAUGCACUUAACUUUAGCUGAGCUAACUGAAAAGUUUCCCUAUUUUGAAAUGAAUCACAAUUUAUUUUUUUAAGAGCAAAAUUAACAUAUUGUUAGCACAAUUGUUAACAAACUGAACAGAAAACAUUUCAACAUUUUAGAUUUUCUAAUAUUUUAAAAAAUAUAUUAUUUUACUGGCUUUAAAUGCAAGUGAGCAUCUCAGUCAAUACCUGUUUGCUUAUAUUACUCAAGGUAAACCUUGACUGGCCCAGUACUGGAUUCACGUUGGAUGAACUGAUCAAUUAUUUCCAUUUACCACACUGUGAAAGCUGGAGAGACCAAACUGGAGACCUAGCACAGAAGAUUCCUCUUGUGCUUCAGUGCCUGGCAGAUUUGCAGCACUCAGAAAUACUAGAGGAUUAUAAUAAGUGUGAUCUUUUGGGUCCCUGCUGGCACAGAGUAUGCAGCACCACUGUAGGAGCUGCAGAUAUGGAACAGAAUGGGCUGGACUUCCUAAAAACUGUAAAGGCCACAUUGCUGCUUGAGGGACCUUCUGGAUAUGUAGGCACUGAUCUCCAUCCCUGGAGGAAGUACCUGUGGCAGGAAGGGAGAAGUCCAGCAUGCCCUGUGAGUGGAUUCCCUUUUGUGGGGAUAAGGCAACCAGCUCACUCCUGGCCCGAGGCUCCCCUGUGUUGUCUGGGCUGUGGGAAAUGCUCCCUCCCAGCAAAAGUGUGCAUGGAGACGCUGGGAAGCAUUGGCAAAAUAUCUGGCUUUCUUGUGGAAAGUCCUCAGUUCUGGUACUGAGUACUGAAAGUAUUCCAAACUGGUACUCAGUUCUCCCACAGUGCUUCUGCUCUGACUCCAAGCAUCCAAGGUCUGUUGGUGCUGGGACACUUCUAUCAUUGUUUCUACCUUAGUUAUCUAUUCCUGGUGAUGGGAGUUUCCACCCUGUCCUUCAGGAGACUGCUCUGAUCCAUAUCUCCAGACUUUGAUAUCAAAUGCCUUCAGGUUCAGCCCCGUUCCCUUUUUAAAGCAUUUUGCUCCCUUUUACCUGUGUACACGCUGCAUGUAAUGUAUGUAUGCCUUGGGGUUUCUGCUCUGACACUUCCCCUGUUCAUCCUGUCUUCCUACGACUUGGUUUUUGGGAAAGUCUGCGCUGCAGCCAUGGCAGUGAGUCAGGGUAGCAUUGUUCCCCUGCAGGACUGAACCCUGACCAUGUAGCACAAGCCUAUCACAUCCAUAUUGAUGGAAAAGCUGCUCUGCCUGCUCAGCCCUGCUGGAUAAUGGACAAUGAAGGUGGGAGCUCAGCCUCAGCUUAGACACCUGGGAGUCUGCUUUGCUGGCUCUGCUGUUCAGAGUACUGCCCAGUACUGCGACGUGUCACACUGUUCUCACUAGCAUGUCAGGCUCUGCAGAAUAAGGAUAACUGUCAAGAGUAUUUUUCUAGAAAAUGUUUUUAUAGCUAACACCAAUAAUGCACCAACAGUAAGACAGUGUAAAAGGAAAAGAAAUGCUAUCUGACAUGGGAUGUAGAAAUCCCUCAUAUUGGUUUGGAAAAGAGGUCCCUUAUUUGUGGAGGGGGACUGGGACUGCUGGGGCUGUUCAGCCUGGAGAAGAGGAGGCUCGGAGAGAUCUUAUCAAUGUCUGUCAAUAGCUGAAGGGAAGGCACAAAGAAGAUGGAGCCAGGUCUUUUCAGUGGUGCCCAGUGCCAGGACAAGAGGCAGUGAGCACAAACUGGAACACAGGAGGCUCUGUCUAAACAUCAUGAGGCAUUUCUGUACCAUACAGGUGACUGAGCAGUGGCACAGGCUGCCUGGAGAUGUUGCAGAGUUUCCCUCCUUGGACAGUCCAAUUAAGAUGGUCCUGGCCAACCUGCUCCGGGUGGCUCUGCUUGAACAGGAGUUGGACCAGAUGGACCCAGAGGUCUCUGCCAACCUCAGCCAUUUUGUGACUCUGAUUCUAUAAUGUAAACUGUACGUAGGGUGAUGUGGGCAGCAGAGGA